AUGAUGCUCUGGACAAGACCUUUGACCCCUGGCAAAGCCUCCACCACACUCCCCAGUAGCCAAGAGUUCCUUGGAGCUGUGUCAUCCACGAUGGAAACAAGAAGAGGAGACGAGGAUGAGGAAGACUCCGGUGAAGAGCGUCUCCCGUCUUGUUUUGACUACGUCAUGCACUUCCUCACCGUCUUCUGGAAGGUGCUGUUUGCCUGUGUUCCUCCCACGGACUACCUGAACGGCUGGGCCUGCUUCUUCAUCUCCAUCAUCAUCAUCGGCAUGCUGACCGCAGUGAUAGGAGAUCUGGCCUCUCACUUCGGCUGCACCACCGGGUUGAAGGACUCCGUCACUGCCGUGGUGUUCGUGGCGCUGGGUACNUGGCGCUGGGUACGUCUGUCCCUGGUAGCGGCGGUGCAGGACACAUAUGCAGACGCCUCCAUCGGUAACGUGACGGGCAGCAAUGCGAUCAACGUGUUCCUGGGCAUCGGGGUGGCGUGGUCGAUAGCCGCCAUCUACUGGCACAUGCAGGGCAAGCAGUUUGUGGUGGAGGCCGGCUCCCUGGCCUUCUCCGUCACCCUCUACACCAUCUUCGCCUUCCUUGGGGUCUCCGUGCUGCUAUACCGCCGCCGGGCCCACAUCGGGGGGGAGCUGGGCGGGCCGCGCGGACACAGACUGGCCACCUCAGCCUUCUUCUUCAGUCUCUGGUUCCUCUACAUCCUCUUCUCCAGCAUGGAGGCCUACUGUCAUAUAGAGGGCUUCUAGAACCUCCCGGAACACUUCUGUAACACUUCUAGAACACCUCUGGAACACUUCUAGAACACUUCUGAGACAAUUCUAGAAUACUUCUGGGACACUUCUAGAAUAGUUCUGGGACACUUCUAGAAUACUUCUGAGACACUUCUAGAAUACUUCUGGGACACUUCUAGAAUAGUUCUGGGACACUUCUAGAGCAUCCUUACAGGAGGUUCAAAGUAUAACUUAAUGGAGAGUAAAAGUAGGAUUCUCAGUGUGGAAUGAUGUAAUGAUGGAAAUAUAUUUUGUUGGUAUGAAGGGAUGAGAGGAGGAGAACAAUAUGAGGUAAAGGGGAGUUGGUGGUGGCCCCCUCUCCUCCGCCGCCCCACCCUCCCUCAACUGUUGAGAUGUCUGUUAAGGCAGGGAGAGCCGGUCCACAUGGGAGAGCUUACAGCUGGGGUUGGGGUACCUCCAUACCCGGAGUAAGAACACCAGAGGGUGUCUGGUCUGGUCUGGUCUGAUCUCAUCUGGUCUGGUCUGGUCUGGUCUCAUCUGGUCUGGUCUGUAUUCCACUAGAAGAGACACCUAGCCGGUGAGAUCUGAGCUAUCAGAAGACGUCUAUAUUUUUCUCAACACCUUGAUGAGAACAACUUUUUCUAAACUAAGUAUUUUGGGGGAUAAAACCAAAACAAUUUUGUUUGUUUUUUUACAACAAAAAAAGAGGAAAUCAAAGAUACUAUUUUCAGAUCUUACAUUAUGGAGAACAAAACAUGGUUUAUCACUAUUGGAAAAUAUAUUGUUGAUGAUGAGUGACAAUUGAAUGGACUCAUAGUAUUUAUUAGUAUUUUAUUUGCUUAGUUUCUUAUUAAAAGGAACGAACGCAGCAGCAGAGGAACAACAGAGAACAAGAUCAACUAUCAAA